CGGGCCCGCCCGCACCCGCCGCCGCCACCGCCCCACUCGCGGGCCCGGAGUGGGGCUGUAGAAGCGGAGCUGCUGUCACCGUGCUGGGGCCAGGGUGUGCUUGCCCUGGAGUGAGGCUGUGGCCGUGCUGCGCUGGAUGCUUGACAGGAAAGGCCAAACACUAAUUCAUGCCAUCCCUCAGCUUGCUUUUAAUGCCACUGAUCAGAGUCUGCUGUAAGCUCAGCCACAGGAGAAGAGACCGGCGCUCAGGAGGGGCUGUGAAGACAAGUUUCCAGCUGCUUCUGCCGCUGCAGUUUCUGUGGAGGUCCUGUAUUGUCCAGUCUUCCUGGACCUACCUCUUCUCUCCCAAGAUGCUGAGAAGAGUCCUGUGCACAGUGUUGUUUGUGGGAGCCUUGCCAUCACUGGCUGAAGCAUCCCAGGGCCACAUCUCAGUGGUCUUGCUGGGAGCCACAGGUGAUUUGGCCAAGAAAUAUUUAUGGCAGGGUCUAUUCCAACUCUACCUGGAUCAAGUGAGCAGUGGCCACAGCUUCACCUUCCAUGGGGCUGCACUGAAGGCUCUGGAGCCGGGGCAGAGAUUGAUGUUUGAUGUGCUGAAGAAGCUGUCCUGUCCCCCAGAUGAGUCUCCCAACAGAUGUGCUGUGCUCAAGGACCAGUUCCUUAAGCUGAGCCAAUACCACCAGCUGAAGACUGCCGAGAACUACACUAUGCUGAACAGAGAGAUUGAGACACUGCUUCGCCAGGAGGGGCUGAAGGAGGCUGGAAGGAUCUUCUACUUCUCAGUACCCCCAUUUGCCUACACAGAGAUUGCCCGGCACAUCAACAGCAGCUGCAGACCCCCCCCAGGAGCCUGGUUACGUGUGGUGCUGGAGAAACCUUUUGGUCACGACCUGCAGUCAGCCCAACAGCUGGCGACAGAGCUGACGAGCUUCUUCAGGGAAGAGGAGAUGUACCGGGUGGACCACUACCUUGGCAAGCAGGCUGUAGCCCAUAUCCUGCCUUUUCGAGAUCAGAACCGACAGUUUCUGGAUCCAAUUUGGAACCGACGUCAUGUGGAAAGAGUGGAGGUUGUCUUGAAAGAGACUGUGGAUGCUAAAGGCCGCACCAGCUUCUAUGAGCAGUAUGGAGUCAUCCGGGACGUGCUGCAGAACCACCUCACCGAAGCCCUGAUGUUCCUGACCAUGGAGCUCCCAGCCAACGUGAGCAGGCCUGAAGAGGUUCUGCAGUGCAAGCUGCAGGCCUUCCAGUCCUUGUGGGGCCUGGAGAAAAACAGUGCUGUGUUGGGUCAGUAUCAGGCUUAUGCCAGCCAAGUACAGGAGGAACUGCAGAAGGCCCAAGACUACAUCAGCACAACGCCAACCUUUGCAGGUGUACUGGUUCACAGUGGCAGCCUGCGGUGGGAAGGGGUCCCCUUCCUCCUCACUUCUGGGAAAGCCCUGGAUGAACGGGUGGGUUAUGUCCGGGUUCUCUUCAAGAACCAGGCCUACUGCACUCAGAGCGAGACUCUGCGGGAUGCAGGGCACAGCCAGUGUAAAGCCAAGCAGAUCAUCUUCUACAUUGGGCAUGGUGCCCUCAGCACCCCUGCAGUGCUGGUGAGCAGGAACCUCUUCAGGCCCAUCAUGCCAGAAGGCAGCUGGAGAGAAGAAGUGGGUCGGUCAGACCUGCGCAUCUUUGGACACCCCUUGUCUGAUUACUAUGUGUAUGUGCCUGUGAAGGAGAGAGAUGCGCAUUCUGUGCUCAUCUCCAACAUCUACCACGGCAGGAAGGACUUCUUCAUUACCACUGAGAGCCUGCUGGCCUCUUGGACAUUCUGGACACCGCUGCUGAACAGCAUCUCCAGCCAGCCCCUGCGCCUCUACCCGGGGGGUGCGGAGAACCAGCACCUCUUAGACUUUGAAAUGGUAAGUGGGGAGGUGGCAUUCACUGUGGCAGAGCCAUCGGAACUGCUGAACCCCAUCAGGCUGAUGCCAAGUGAUUUCAGGACCAUCCGGUCCAAGUUUCGGCAAAGCCCCCUGGUCUCAGCAUGGUCUGAGGACCUGAUUUCCCAGCUGGCUUCUGACAUGGAGGAGGCAGCAAGCAGGACUGUGGCACGUGCUGGGCAGUUCCACCUGGCCCUCUCAGGUGGCUCCAGCCCAGUGGUCCUAUUCCAGCGGCUGGCCAGACACCAUUACACCUUCCCAUGGAAGCACACCCACAUCUGGCUGGUGGAUGAACGCUGUGUCCCCCUCACCGACACAGAGUCCAACUUCUUCAGCUUGCACAACCACCUCCUCCAGAGCGUCAGGGUGCCCUACUUCAAUGUCCACCCCAUGCCUGUGCACCUGAACCAGCGUCUCUGUGUGGAAGAGGACAGGGGCACGGAGCUGUAUGCCAAGGAGAUCAUGGCCCUGGUGGCCAAUGCCAGCUUUGACCUGGUGCUGCUGGGGGUGGGCACUGAUGGGCACACUGCCUCGCUCUUCCCCCACUCUGAAGAUGGUUUGGAAGGGGCUCAGACUGUGGUGCUGACUGAAAGCCCUGUCAAACCUCACCAAAGGAUGAGCCUGAGCCUGCCCCUCAUCAACAAGGCCAGGCGGGUGUUUGUGCUGGUCCUGGGGAAGGGUAAGCACGACAUCACCACCCUGCUCAGCAGAGUGGGCCACGAGCCCAGGAAAUGGCCCGCCUCGGGUGUCAGCCCCAGCCCCGGGCAGCUUGUGUGGUAUGUGGAUUAUGAAGCUCUGCUGGGGUGAUGCCUUCACAGUGUCCCUCCUCCCUUGUCUGCGUGGCUUUUCCUACACAAUGUCCAUGUUUUCCUGUUGCCAGCAGCAGCUUCAUCACUGAAGGACUUCUCUAACCCGUGGCCUGCAGUGCCUCUGACAUCUGAGCCAGGAAAGGAGCUCGGCUCAGUGUUCAGAGCUAAGUAGGAGCCAGGAGCCCAAGGCAGCAUUUCUGGCUCUCAUAGGCAUUCUGACUGCGACUUUGGACAGAUUACCUCACCUUAAGUGCCUCAGUUUUCCCUGUCAGGCCUUUGUGGUCAUUAGCAUUAUUUAACUACCUCACAGGCACUACAGGAGACUUGUUAAACUAAGUACCUGCCAAGUUUUAUGGUUAUUGUUUUAAUUCUCAGGCUAAAAGACAGUGAUAACAUGUUUAUCCCUUACCCUGGUCAGUCUGGUCAGGACAGUGUCAUUGUCUCAGUAAAAUGAUGGUUCUGUGCCCACGGGUCUGUAGUCUCAUGUGUGUGCAGCCCAUGUGGGUGUCAGCCAGACAUGGACUAUGACUGGAAGCAGACACCCAUCUGCUUCCGUGGUAUGGAGCCCCUAAAUGGUGACACUGCUCUGUGAGCCCCGUGUGGUCCUGAGUCUUUGCAAAUUGCCCAGCAGCAGAGGCUGAGGUUAUAAGCAGUAAUUUGCUGCUUUCAUUAAGUGCAGAGCUGGUACCAUGGGGAUGGAGAAGGAAGACAUUGCUUUUUAUGCUGUUAGAAUAAUGGGGACAGGGUGAGGAAUGUGGCAUUCCCAGAGCUGUUAUUUGGCUGAAGUGCAGUAAUUGUUGAGGGAAAAGCUUGGUGUUCAGGGUUGUUUGGGCUUAGCUAGCAAAGAAAUGUUUUCUUUAGCUGUCUUUGUCUCAUUCUCUGAAAUGACCUUUUCCCUGUCCUCAGAACUGAGGCUUGCCAUGGCUUAUAAAACUACGAGAGGCGGCUUUAUAAACUAUCCACGUAUCUGUCAGUACAGCACACAUUAACGUAGUUACAGUGUUUGCAGAUGGUGGUGAUGGGGUUUGUACUCAAAGAGACUGAUUUAGAAGGGAGGGAAGUUUGUGCUUAUCCCUUGAGCACACGGAACUAGCAGUUGCAUCUCUGACAGGACAGCAGUACGUGGUUAUAGAUAUGUGUAGUCCUGUUGCUCACAGCAGGGGUUGGAGACAUCCAGUCCUACCUAGAGACCUCAUUCUCCCUAAUUUUCACCUUCCCAGGAUGCUGGCCCUGCUUCCACAGAGAAGUAGCUCUGUGUGUGUGUGUGUGUGUGUGACCCAAGGCCUGAGGGCUCUGCAGGGACCCCAAUUCUGACAGGAGAUGGCGCCUGGACCUCCAGAAUCAGAAUUGCCUCUGCUGGCUGCACAGGUAAGUGCGCUGCACAAGCUCUAGAGAGCCUGGUGCUUGCAGCACUGCCUCAGCCCACAGAGCCAGGGAGAACAUAACCAGGCAGAAGACCUUGGAAAAGGCCAAAUUCUCAGGGAAUGGCUGUGAUUCCUGGCAUACACCCCCUACACCUUGCAGAUGGUCCAGAAAAGCUGCAGUUUACAUGUAUUUGACUAAGCUGAGUUGCACUGAUGCGCAUCGCGUUGCUAUAGCAUGGGAAGGAAGGGGAGCUGUGGUGGAGUAGCUUUCUCAAGAGUUCAAAGGCAGAAGAGACACAAGUGCCUUUAACUGGUCUGUUUUGGCAACUGGGAUGGCUGGUUAUCCAUCUCUUGUGGGUGUUCAUGAAUAAGCGCUCCUGCCUGUUUCAUGGUUACAGGCAGCCUCAACUACAAGCACAAACAACAAGGGGUGAAAGUAAAUGCCAGGGGAAGAGAGUAGCCUAAAAAAGCAGGAGGAGGGAGAGCGUCUUGCUGCAGGACUGGCUUGUCAAGUGGCUAUGCUGACAGUGGAGGCUGCAGUAAGAGCGUACACCUAGGAGUUAACUCUCUUCCUAGAUGAGUGCUGGCAAACACUGGCUCCAGAAUAUAACAGAGUGGCUGAAACAGCCAUGCAGAGGAAGAUGUUUUAGGUCUGGUAUGUCCAUAAACUCAAACAUUAUUUUUCAUGUUUGAAACAAAACCUGCCAUGUUAAUAACUUCAUUCCAGUUCAUUUGGUGCGAAGGAACAAGUUUUAGUAGAAAAUUGGCCUAUGUAAGAAUAAAUAUCUUGUGAUGAA